AUGCGCUUUCUGUUCAUCGUAGCUUUCCUUGACUCCCAGCUGAUGGCUUUUGCAGUGGAAGCCACCGUGCUGAUGCAGUCGAGGCUUCGAGGUUCGAAAACCUCAAUAUCCGACGAGGAUCCCCCGGUGGGAACUCAGUCCUCCGUGGAGGUUGACGCUCUGCCAGCCUUGCGCUUCAGCGACGAUGAUGAGUCCUGCACCACUGAAGGCCUUAGCCCGGGCGUGUGUGCCUUAUCCUCGCUGGCUCGACCCAUGGUCACAUCCAGGUUGAGGAAAGCGACAGAUUGCGAUGAGAACGAGAGCCGUGAGAGGUUGGAGCGUGCCCUGCUCGCCGAGAUUGAGGCAGGUUUGUCCGGCAACCACAGUGCCUUCGAUUUCGACAGGCUCCACACAUUGGAGGAGGAACUGAGACCAUUGUACAGCACCUUGCCUCAUGAGAUGCCUUUGGCCGACAUCAAGGGCGGCUUGGGCUUCACUGCUGCACGAUAUCUCUUGCACCAGUACUUCGUGCGACGCCACUCGUGGUAUGUCCGCGGUCUGAACCCUGCAGGUGAUGGUCGGAAGCCCCCAGACCACAAGGAGGCGUUGCGCAGCCGCGUGGCCGGACAUUUGUUGGAACUCAUCGAGCAGAAGGUGGGUCUCCAGGGCUUGAACCUGAAAACCUUGGCUGUGGUGGUGGCUACACUGGAGCAUCUCCUCCAUGGCGAUGAACGACAGAGGUUGAAGCAGAGCUGGUUGGUGCAUGAUUUGAAGCCCGAGGACCUGACAGAUGCACAAGGUCUACAGAGCGUCGUCGAAGUCUUUAUGGCCCACUUCGUAUACUCCAGUCAGAAGAGUGACAGCGGCUAUGUCUUGACGCUACAAAAAGGACGAGAAGAGGUGAGUUUCAUUUCACGCAUCUACGAUGGUUGGACGCAGAUUUCACAAGCCAUUCGCAGAGAGGUGCAAAAGAUUCAAGGCAAGGACUUCAAUUUCAACGACGCUGUGCAGGUUGCGGACCAGGUGCUGGAGAACUUUCGGACGGUGUCCGGCUCGAUGUGUCGAGACAUGUCAGCGAUGCUUGCGCAGAUGCCUGGGGGUCCAGUGGGCCGUGUGCCCCUCCACGAGAUGAGAAAAAAGGACCUUUUCCGUGAGACCUUGGAAUACCUCCGCGCAGCAAAUGCAUUGGACGAGUCGGAGCCGGAGCCCAUUGUGCUGGUGCCGAAUUACAUGCUGGGCCCUUCCAACUGCGAUGGCACUACUAGUUUCUAUGACCUUUGCUGUCCUGAUCUCUGUGCAGGUCACCGUAGUGCCUUUGAAGGGGCCAUCAGUGACGCUCAAUCCGUGGAGUUUCUGCAAGACUUGGCCUUGGAAGAAGGGGCUGCAGCUGCGUCCUUGCCGAAGCUUCGGGAGCUUCUGGACGCCGAGGUCUGUGAGUGCCUCUGUGGUUUGGGCCUUCCGGCCUCCGCGAUGCUGCG